AGUGCUAGGAUUACAGGCUUGAGCCACCGCGCCCGGCCAACAUUUAAUUUUUAAGGUGAUUCCAUGUACAUAAAUAUCAGAUAUACACAGAUCAGGUGGCAUGUGGAUAUAAAAAAGAUCGAGAAGUACACAAAUAGCUGAAAUUUUUAAAAAUGCAAUUCAAAUUCAGGGUAAGCCAGGUGAAAGGAGAGAAAAAUUAUUCCAGAGAGCUAUUCUAGGCAGAGGAAAGAUCUUAGGCCCAAGCAAGGGAGCAAGAGCCACAGAUAUUCACAGAACGUUCAAACAGGUGAGUGUUGCUGUGAUAUACAGAUCAAGGCAAAUAGUGGCUGAAGAAGAGGUUUCAAAUUACAGAGAACUCAGUACCGAAUUAAACACCAUGAACUUAUCUUGUAAGAGUUAGAGACCCACAAAAGGGACAUAGCUCUGCUUGUAUUUUGAGGGAUUCUUCUCAUGGGUGAGUGGAGGACAGACCCUGUGGGUGGGAGAGAGACUGAAGGCAGGGAACACCAACAAAAAAUGACCUGAGGUUUGGUGGGAAUAACAGUCAAGAAAUACUUAAGAAUUUAAAAAAAAAAAAAUCACCAGGCUCUGGCGACUGACUGGCUGAGAAUGGAUGAGACAGAGUGUUUAAUGGUUGACAGCCUGGGUGGUGGGUAGAUAGUGUUAUCACAAAUUGAGAGAGAAGGACAUAUUGAGUAGGAAGAACCCAAGGAACAUCUGGGUAGAAAGAUGCAAGGAACAACAGUGUACAGAGGUGCAAGGUAUUGAGAAAGGCCGGCAGAGAUGUCACAAGUGCUAGCUAACAGGGCAGGACAAGGGCAGAGAAAGGCAAAAGCAUGGGGCAGAGGAUGGAAUCCAUAAAACAUCAACAUUUAAGGGCAAGCCCUUAAUCAUGGAGGAACAGUGUCAGAAAGGUACAAGAACCGUAGGCCAAAGUACCAAGGAAAGAAUCACCAUCAAAAGCUGCCUUAAUGUCUCAUAUCCAUUAAGAUGGCUACUACUAGAAAAAGAACAAACACAACACACAAAUGGAAAACAAGUGUUAGCAAAGAUGUGGGGAAACUGGCACCCUUGUGCACCGUUGGUGGGAACCUAAAAUGGUUCAGCCUCUAUGGAAAACAGUACAGCAAUUCCUUUAGAAAAUUAACAUAGGACUACCAUAUGAUCCAGCAAUUUUGCUUCUGGGCAUAUAACCAAAAGAACUGAAAGCAGGGUCUUAAAAAGAUAUUUGCACACCUGUUUUCAUAGCAGCAUUGUCCACAAUAGCCAAAAGGUGGAGGCUACCCAAGGGACAAUGGACAGGUGAACAAAAUGUGUUAUAUACAUACAACGGAACAUUCAUUCUUAAAAAGAAAUGAAUUCUGUCACAUGCUACAACAUGGAUGAACCUGAAAGACAUUAUGCUAGGUAAAUUAAGCCAGUCACAAAAGGACAAAUGCUGUAUGAUCUCACUUCUAUGAGAUAGCUAGAAUAGUCAAUUUUGUAGAGAAGAAUGGUAGGUACCAGGGACUAGAGGCAAGGGAAAAUGGGGAAUUAUUAUUUAAUGAGUACAGAAUUUUAGUUUUGCAAGAUGAAAAGAGUUCUAGAGAUGGAUGGUGAUGAUGGCUGCACAAUAAUGUGAAUGUAAUUAACAUCACUGAACACUUGAAAAUAGUUAAGUUCGUCAAUGUUAUGUGGAUUUCACCACAAUCCCCAAAAACUACCUCUAAGACAAAAAAUAAUCUUUCAAAAUGUCCACUUGGAUUGAGCAAUUCGCAGUGAGGAGGUCUUUGGCAGUUCUGGAGAAGUGCUGAGGACAGAGGGCAGAGUGGAUGGACUAGAUUACAGAGUGAAUGGGAAAGUAUAGACAGCAAAUGCAGAUCAUUUCCAACAAGUUUGGAUAAGAAGAUAAAGGUAUCACUUGGAUGACUGCUAAUAAAGAGGACUCACACUUAAGGGAGAGUCUGAGGGUUUUCCUAUUAUUUGACAAUGACAAUAGGCAUGAUUGAUCAUGAGCAUGCCUCUCUAGGACAGCAGGAAAGAAACUGGUCAAAUGGGUAAUGUUGAUGUUAUAGGCCCUAAACUGGAUGAAUUCAAGUAGAUGGAGUAAAGGAGACCCAGGCCUUUCCUCCUUAAAGAUGUAUUAUGAUUGUAUUAAUCCAGAGCAUAAUUUCAGAGAGCCACAGAAAUAAUUUGUUAAAGAAGGAAAUAUCUUGACAUUGGAGCCAACCCAGGACAGAAACAGAAUGUUAUGAAACCAGAUUUAAGUCAAGAGGGUAAUGCGAAGAAAGAUUAGAGACCCCAAAGCCCCAAUUCAAGGCUGGAAAUGUGUCAGGAAAACAGAUGAAGUAGAGGAGGCACUGUCAUGCAUCAAGUCCAUCCCUAGAACAGGAUAAGUCUAGAGGAGCAAAUCCCCCAAGUCCCAGAGGAGAUAGUAUAGUCCUUUCAAUAUCUCUUCACAUUAGACAGUUAUCUUGCUCUGCACCAAUCAAGACCCUCAGGUUAACACCUACUUAAACAGCUUUCCCGCCUCCUUCCCUGGCACUGAAAGGAGAAAACGUGCAAAUGUUCUACUGUCAAAUAUUUUUUGGUUUUGAACAACUUUCAAAAAGUUAGUUUGAAGCCAUGUGAAUUACAACUUAAAAAUACUUCCCAAUAAAUACAGAAGCUAUUAUUACAACAGCUUCACAGGAAAAGGUCAUAAACAAGCAUGGGAAAGAUGUAGCCUCCUGCUGGCUGGAGUUCUCACUUGCUGGGUCUCUUUCCACAGCUGGUUUCAUACAAUUUACUAUUUAGUCAGGCCUUGGUAAUCUAUAACCCUAAGCAAAUCCAAAUCAGAUCCAAGUUAUACAAGCACAUAUUAGAACUGGGCUCCAAAGAACCCUGGACAUCUGUAGUACCUGACAUUCAAGCAUUUGGCAAGAUGUCAAUAUUUCAGAGAGCACUUUAAAUGUUUUGAUUUGAGAGCUAAUGCAGUGCUUCCCACUGGUCAACACGAGCAGUCCAGGCAGAAAGCAAAAUCUAUUUCCUUCUACAUCAAAUGCUACACUCAGUUGCUGAUCCUAUCUUGCCAACAGAGAACCUAAGAGACUGGAAAAAUUGGUUCAGCAGUUACAUGUGCAAAUUUGUUAUCUGGGUAUAUUGUCUGACACUAUCCUUUUGGGCUUCUAUUGAACCAACACCCAAAUAGUGAACAUAGAACCCAAGAGAUCUUCAAAGAAAAAUCACUUUGGCCACUUCAAGACGACAAGCACUCACUGGGCAAAAUUACUUCAUUGAAAAGAGGCUUCAUAUUAUGCAAAAAAAUUUAAAAAGCAAGUAUCUUAGAGGCCAUAAGUGCCCUGUGAGUGACUAGUUCACAUAUCUUUUCAGGCCUCUGCCUUCAGAAGUUACAAGAUGAUCAAUUCGACCUCCACACAGCCUCCAAAUGAAUCCUGCUUUCAGAACAUCCUGAUCACUCAGCAGAUCAUUCCUGUGCUGUACUGUGUGGUCUUCAUUGCGGGAAUCCUUCUCAAUGGAGUGUCAGGAUGGAUAUUCUUUUACGUGCCCAGCUCUAAGAGUUUCAUUGUCUAUCUCAAAAACAUUGUUAUUGCUGACUUUGUGAUGAGCCUGACUUUUCCUUUCAAGAUCCUUGGCGACUCGGGCCUUGGCCCCUGGCAGCUGAACGUAUUUGUGUGCAGGGUCUCUGCCGUGCUCUUCUACGUCAACAUGUAUGUCAGCAUUGUGUUCUUUGGGCUCAUCAGCUUUGACAGAUAUUAUAAAAUUGUAAAGCCUCUUUGGACUUCUUUCAUCCAGUCAGUGAGUUACAGCAAACUCCUGUCAGUGAUAGUAUGGAUGCUCAUGCUCCUCCUUGCUGUUCCAAAUAUUAUUCUGACCAAUCAGAGUGUUAGGGAGGUUACACGUAUAAAAUGUAUAGAGCUGAAAAAUGAACUGGGACGGAAGUGGCACAAAGCAUCAAACUACAUCUUCGUGGGGAUUUUCUGGAUUGUGUUUCUUUUGUUAAUCAUUUUCUAUACUGCUAUCACGAGGAAAAUCUUUAAGUCCCACCUUAAAUCAAGACGGAAUUCCACGUCGGUCAAAAAGAAAUCCAGCCGCAACAUAUUCAGCAUCACGUUCGUGUUUUUUGUCUGUUUUGUACCUUACCACAUUGCCAGAAUCCCCUACACAAAGAGUCAGACCGAAGAUCAUUACAGCUGCCAGUCAAAAGAAAUCUUGCUGUAUAUGAAAGAAUUCACUCUGCUACUCUCUGCUGCAAAUGUAUGCCUGGACCCUAUUAUUUAUUUCUUUCUAUGCCAGCCAUUUAGGGAAAUCUUAUGUAAGAAAUUGCACAUCCCAUUAAAAGCUCAGAAUGAACUAGAAACUUCCAAAACCAAAAGAGGAAAUACAAUGCUUGAAAGCACAGAGACUUUGUGAGUUCCUACUCUCUUCCAAAUAAAGACCAUGUGUGCAUGUUGUCACCAAUUACAUAACAGAAAUGAAGAAAUAUGUGCCUCAUCAUAAGUAACAUCUCUAUCAUUACUAUCCAAUUUAGUUCAAUAAAAUUCAUGUAAGUUUCCAUCCUUUUUGUAACAUUAAAGAAAACAUAUCCAUCAGUAAUUUCUCUCCUAAUACUGACCUUUCUAUUCUCAGUUAAUAAAAAAAAAAUACAUACAAUUAUUCAAUUCUAUUCUAUUAAAAUAGGUUUAAGUUUAUAACCACUAGUGUGGUCAGUUAAUGUAGAAAUUUAAAUAGUAAAUAAAUAGGAAGUAAUCAAAGACAA